AUGCUGGCGCUAGCGUCCGCGCACGAGAUUGAGCUCAAUGGCUCCAAGGCCGAUGAACAUAGGCCUCUAGACCAAGGCGUUCGAGAAUGCAACAUCCUACGCCAUUACAACAAGUCCAUUGCCUUGUUGAACACAAACCUGUCUUCGCAAAAUCCGACGUCUAUCCGCGUCGCCAUCGCGUCUUGCAUACUUUUCGUCUGUGUAGAGUUUGUGCGGCGACGGUUCGAGACUGGGUAUGCCCAUCUCAGAAGCGGACUCAAGUUACUUGAACAACUCCCACGUCCGUCGAAGGAUGCCGACUCCGAGGUUUGCCCCCCACCAGAUGCCCUAGUCGAAGCGCUCCUGCGCCUCGAUGUCCAAACAAGGCUCGUCAAGACCGCCGCGCUACAGAACGCGAAGCUUUCUGCACAGAUACCAAGCCUAGAUAUCACAGUCUUGACUUCUUUCGUUUCACUUGACGGGGCGAGACAGCAGCUGGACACCAUUCUCUCAGCCGUCUACGAACUACAGGAGCGAGCUCGGCGCCAAACCCCGGAAGACAACGUUUCGCACGCUUUUGAGCUCCUCAGUGCCCAGCAGCGACUGAAAAAUGACCUCAGCGUCUGGCUCCAGACAUUUAAUCGCGUCAAAGGCAGCUGGUGGACGAAUUUAUCAUCCAAAGAAAAGGUUGCCUACCACCUGAUCCCGAUUUACCACACCAUGGCCCAGAUCAUUGUUGAUACGACUCUUCAGCCAGCAAACGAGUCGAUAUAUGACAAACAUCUCCGACAAUUUGAGUCCAUUAUCAGCCUUUCGCAAAGCCUACUGACCUUCGCUCUGCCAAUGAUGGUUGAAGAGAUGGCAUACGGACUCCAUCCUGGUUUCAAUUUCACGGCCGAUAUGGGCGUCAUCCCUCCCCUCUACUUCGUUGGCCUGAAAUGCAGAAACCCUUACAUCAGGCGCCAGGCUAUCAGGGUUCUGGCGACAGAUGAACAUCAGGAGGGAAUAUGGGACGCGCCAAUGGCUGCUGCAAUUGCUUCAGAAGUCAUGCGGCUGGAAGAAGCCAACUUCUACGACGAUCUCUUUUUCAAGAGCUGUGACGCCGCCUCGACAGCGCCAAAGAAGUGCAAGAGCGGGACACCCGUGCCACCAAUCCUGCCAGAAAAUUGCAGAGUUCGUGACAUUCAGGUACACUUGCCAGACGGGGCUGCCGAUGAUUUAGUAAUGAGCGGCAAGUCCAUGCGCUCCAACGGCAGUCUCGAGUCUUUCACAAGACGUUUCAACGUGAAGGAUAAGAUUUGGCAGUCUGGAUUUGGGUGGCCUACUUCAGCAUCUUCACAACUGUCCCCUUCUUCUGAUUCUUCGAAGGCGUCAUACAGUCUUGAUAUUGGCCUUGAUUUCUUUUAA